AUGAAUAGGAGCACCUCCCUUGAAGACAGUGAUGCUGGUGGGCGUGGAGGUAAGAAGAAGCGUGAGAAGAAGGGAUUCAAAGUGGACCGUUACGAGAAUUACCGGCAGCGGUUUGCCAAGGGAAUCAAUGGUAAAAACAUUCCCAAGAAUAAUAGUGGUAGUGUCACAAAAAGGGUGAAGGCAAUAACAUUUGAUGAAGAGGAUCGCCGUGAGUACCUCUCUUUGCAUAAGCGUAAGAAUGAACGGCGCGUGAAGGCGUUUGUCGAAGCCAAGCAAAAAACUAAGCGUGAUAACGCGAGAACACGUCGUGCCCAACGGGAGGAGGCACGGCAGGCGUACAACAAAUUUGCAGCGGUACCCAUUUUGCCGAACUUUACCUACCGACUACCUGUUGAGGGGUGUUCCGAUAAUGAAGAUGAUGAUGAAGGACAUAUGGACGAGGGAAACGAGGAGAUGGUUCAGUCACGUGGUAUCAACGAUGCCCAAAAGCAGCGCCGGCUGCUUGCUGCAGAGAAAACAGUGCACACAAUGCCUGCAACAAUGAGUGGUGGCGCGUUGGCAGAAUCUUCGAUCGGUGAUGCCGGUUGUCGGCUUGACGACGAGUUCGUAACGGUGGAAGUUAAAGUUCUUGGGAGUGGGAAGGAUAGCGCAGGAAGUGGUACCUGUGGUUCAAAUUCUUUACCUGUGAAUGAUUUCUCUGACCUUCCUUCUGUUGUUGAGGAGGAGCUGCUGCGACUUAAGAAGGAGAUGAAGGGUCCAGCGCGGACAAAGUCGCGCGUUUACAUGAUGAAAGAGCUUGAAAAAAUAAGAAAGAUAAAAAAGCAUUCGAGGAAGGGUCAUGGUAAAAAGUCUGCCAAAGGUAAAAGGAAGAAUCGAAGACGUUGA